UGCAUCCUCCCAUGAAGAAGGCGGUGGUGUGAAGUUUCAUGGCAAAAUCCGGUCUUCUGUUCGUUUCCUUUUGUAUUAUAAUCCAAAUUUUCUCGGGGAUUGCUGAUAAAUUGUUCUUGAGCAUCGAUUGUGGAGGUCCGACGGGUACGCGCACGGACGAGCUGGGCAUCAAAUGGGUCGGCGACGGUGACUACAUUAAGACAGGGAAAACAAACCGCGUCCAGGUUACCACUUCAUACCACGAAGAGGACAAGACCCUCCGUUACUUCCCAUCGCAAAUAAAGAGCUGCUACGUGAUACCAAGCGUGGCGAUGGGAAAGAAGCACAUGAUAAGGGCAUCCUUCUUCUACGGCAACUACGACGGGAAGUCGUCGCCACCAUCCUUCGAUCUUCAAUUUGAUGGGAACAAUUGGGCCAGCGUGACAACUUCAUUAGAUACCACCCUUUAUUGGGAAGUGAUUUAUGCGCCCAAGAGAGACAACAUCAGCGUCUGUGUUGCUCGAACAUCGCCCGACCACAUACCCUUCAUCUCUGCUCUUGAAGUUAAGGAAUUUGAGCUGGGCAUGUAUCAAACCGAGGACACGGAAGACGUUCUUCUAAAGUGGAGGAGGACAGCCUUCGGAGCAAAGGACAUAAUAAGGUAUCAAAGUGACCCUUAUGAUCGUUACUGGCAUCCGAGUGGCGCGAUUGAUGGGGUGAUCAGCGUGGCGAGAGACAACAUGAGCUCCAUCCCAAAGUUCUCUGAAAUGUCAGGACUGGCACUAGCACACGCGAUAACUCCAGCGUCGAAUAACGAGACCACUCUGAUCGUUCCAUCCUCGGAGAUGGGUUUGGUAGAUGGCCUCUAUUACUACAUUUUCUAUUUCUUGGAAGUGUCACAGGUCACUUAUCAAACCAAGAGCAGGUCAUUCGAUUUCUUCGUUGAUGGCAUCAAGGGUAUCACUCUUCCUAUAGUCCCUCCUUAUCAGUCAGGUUCGAUGGUCUUCAAUCACGGUCUUAAUCUGAGUGGCGAAUCGGUCAUUUCCUUGGUCAACACACCAGAUGCAUCCCUUCCUCCCAUCCUCAAUGCCAUGGAACUUUUUCAAGUGAUCAGUCGCCGACUUGUGAGUGGAACCAACGAAGAUGAUGUGAAGGCGUUGAAGGUGUUACAGGGUCAGUAUCAACAACUUCAGUCAUGGGCAGGUGAUCCAUGCCUUCCAGCAGGGUUCACUUGGGACUGGCUCAACUGCAAUACUGAUGAUCCACCACGAGUGAUUGAACUGCACCUUAAUAGUUCUGGCUUGGAGGGCGCCCUUCCAGACUUCAGCGGGCUAACUGCGCUUGAGAUAAUUGAUCUUAGUAACAACAGUUUGAGUGGACAGAUCCCAGAGUUCUUGGGUCUCCUUCCUUACUUGGAAGAGUUGAACUUAGCAUACAAUGAUUUCACUGGACCCCUACCAGCAUCAUUGAAAGGCAACGGAAAAAUAAAAACAAAUACAACGGGAAAUAUGAUUGAUGACAACCCAAUUCCACCCCCCGGCCCAAAGCCAAUCAUUAUUGGAGUAUCAGUCGGCUCAGUUAUCAUGUUUCUGCUGCUAGUUGGUUGUGUCAUCUAUGCAUACUUUGGAAAACAAUGUCGCUGGCCAGCAUCUAAUGUUGUGAUCAAUAAUAAUUUAGAGAAUCCUGUGAAGCAACAGGCUGGUUGUAUUCAGCUUGGGCCAAACCAUGCAUUCACUUAUAAUGAAAUUGUGAAGAUCACACAUAACUUUGAAAUCCUUAUUGGUGAUGGAGGAUCUGGUUCCGUUUAUUACGGCAUCCUUAAUAAUGGCAAUGAAGUUGCAGUCAAGGUAUUGAAAGAUUUGCAUCAACGAGGACCUAAAGAAUUUGUUGCAGAGGUUAAUUUGUUAAUGACAGUGCACCACAAAAACCUUGUUUCAUUUGUUGGAUUUUGUGAUGAAGGCAUGAAUUUGAUUGUCCUCUAUGAGUAUAUGCAAAAUGGAAGUUUGAGGGACCUUUUAUCAGGCAACAAAGCUAUAAUAGAGCCCUUAACAUGGAAAAAGCGGCUGCAAAUUGCUUUGGAUGUUGCAACAGGUUUGGAGUAUCUACACUCUGGUUGCCAACCUGCCAUCAUCCAUAGAGACAUAAAAAGCACGAACAUCCUUUUGAAUGGACGAUUGGAAGCCAAAAUAGCUGACUUUGGGAUUUCUAAGGCUUAUGAGAAGACUCAAACAUCAUCCAUGAUUGUUGGCACCAUUGGAUAUAUUGAUCCUCAGUACUUCGAAACAAGCAUUCUCACCAAAAAGAGUGAUGUUUAUAGCUUUGGUGUGGUUCUUCUUGAGCUCAUGUGUGGUCGCAGUCCUGACCAGCAUUUUCAUGUUGUUCAAUGGGCAACGUCAAAGAUUGUGAGGGGUGAGAUAGAGAGCAUUAUUGACCUAACGAUCAAAGGGCAGCACAAAAUGAAUUCUAUGAGGAAGAUUGCAGAAAUAGUAUUAUCAUGUACUGCACCAAAGUCCACUGAGCGGCCAACCAUGUAUAAUAUUUUGAAAGACUUGAAUGAGGCAUUGGAGAUGGAGAUGGAGACGGAGAUCUAUUACAAGGCUUAGCAUAUGUGAGUCACAUAAGUGAUGAUGACUUCAGUGUCUUCAACUGAAAUAUCUCUUUCAUAUGAAAAUUACCAAAGACAUCCAUUAGAAAGGUAGAAAUUUAUGUUGAAGUCAACAUUGCAACAGACAGAUGAAGGUUCAUGAAACAUUAGACAAUCCCUUGCUGCUUGACAAUCGGUUUAUUCAAGACAAUUAUGGAUAGUGCUAAUGAAUAAGCGUUUUAUGGGUGGUUUAUUUGAACAUUUAUCUUCUUGUAAUAGAGAUGGCACGUGUCUGUUAUUAUUUCUUACCUUUUUUUCUUUUUUCCUUUGUCUAAUAGAUUAAAAUACAGCAGAAAGUGGCCAAACAUGCCCAACUAAGUAGGCUAAUUCUUGAAUUUGAUUAAGUGUUUGGGAUGUUGUUGACUCAUCCAAGAACUAAAAGUUCUUAAUUUUCAGGUUAGUACUUAGUAUUUGUAAGGAGGCAAAGGUAGCAGU